UUUUUUUUGUUCCCUACUCCCUCUGCUUCAUAAUCUCUCUCUCUCUCUAUCUCUCUCUCUCAACAUUAUAAAAAUCUGAGAACAGGGAGCUCCAUAACUGAUCUCCCUCCGCAAUCUUCACCCUCCGUUUUCUCUUCUCUCUCUUCUGAUUCUUCUCAACAAGCUUUGGAUCAGAGAAAGAUCGACAUGGUUGAAACCAGGCGGAGCUCAUCUUCCUCAAAACGUUCUCCUUCCUCAUCUUCUCUCCCCAACGGCAAACGAUCCAAGGUGGUGGAGGCCUCGUCAUCGACUACCGAAACACCUUGUUCACCCCCGGCCCAAACCCUAGCUCCGGAGAAGGAAUCGGGGUGUGAAUCUCGAGAGCAAGAGGUUCGAUCUGAUCUGCCUCGUGUCGAUGGAUUUGAUGCUACUGUGCCUGAAAAAUCCCUAGAUGUUCAACUGGAAGGCGAGCAUUUGGUGUCUCCAGGUGAUUCCGCCAUGGAUGCGGAGAAGACGAAGCUUACAAAGAAGACGAAGCUUAUUUGGCCAAGGAAACGGCAACUGAAAUCAAAUGUCAAGGUCGCAUGGGGAAAACUUCUUUCUCAGUGCUCUCAGAAUCCUCACAUGGUUAUGAGUGGUCCUAUUUUUACUGUUGGUCAAGGCCGUCAAUGCAACUUGUGGCUCAGAGAUCCGUCUAUUAGUAAAUCUUUGUGUAAUCUGAGGCCAACUGAACUGCAGCGGGGAGGUUCUCCUGGCACCUUACUUGAGAUUAUUGGGGGAAAAGGUGCUGUCCAAGUAAAUGGCAAAGUUUACGCUAAAAAUUCUACUAUACCUCUGAGUGGAGGCGAUGAGGUGGUUUUCAGCUCAUCUGGUAGACAUGCAUAUAUUUUCCAGCAACUUGUCAAUGAUGACCUAGCUGCUGCUGGCAUGCCACCUUCGUUAAGCAUAUUAGAAGCCCAUGGUGGUCCAAUAAAGGGAUUACAAUUUGAGACAAGAGCAGGAGAUGCUUCAGCUGUUGCAGGAGCAUCAAUUUUGGCAUCUUUGUCGAAUCUUCAAAAAGAGUUGUCUCUUCUUCCACCACCAUCUCGAAACGAUGAGGAUGUGCAACAAGGUUCUGAAAUCCCUACACUACCUUCUGCUUGCGACGUAUCUAAUAAUCUUAUUCUGGAUUCUGAAAUGAAGGAUGCUUCUGUUCGUGAUGAUGGGACCGGUGGUUCGUCAAGUGAGAAGGCCGUUGUUCCAUCUUCUGAUGUUACUUCUGAAAACCCGAAUCUUGAUACCAUUGGAUUGGAGGAUGCUGGGGAUGCUGAUAUUGGAAAGAUCCCUGGGGAAACUCAUGAAUUGAGACCACUUCUGCAGAUGCUUGCAGGAUCACCUGCUUCCGAGUUUGACUUAAGUGGCAGCAUUUCUAAAAUUCUUGAUGAGCAAAGGGAAAAUAGAGAACUUCUCAAGGAUUUUGAUUCCCCAAUGUUAGCAUCAACGAUGAGCCAAGCAUUUAAAGAUGGGUUACAAGAAGGAAUUUUCACUGCCAACAACAUUGAAGCUUCAUUUGAAAACUUCCCAUAUUAUUUAAGUGAGACCACAAAGAAUGUUUUGAUUACAUCUACCUAUAUACAUCUGAAGUGUAAUAAAUUUGCAAAGUACACUUCUGAUCUCCCUACUGUGUGCCCAAGAAUAUUGUUAUCUGGUCCUGCAGGUUCUGAAAUAUAUCAGGAAACGCUGACUAAGGCGCUUGCCAAACAUUUUGAUGCUAGACUUCUCAUAGUUGAUUCUCUUUUACUGCCUGGUGGAGUGAUAUUGAAGGAUUCUGAUUCUUCAAAAGAGAGUUCAAGGCCUGAAAGAGCAAGUGUGUUUGCUAAACGAGCUGGACAGGCAGCUUCAAUACAGCUCAGGAAACCAGCUUCAAUACAGCUCAGGAAACCAGCUUCAAGUGUUGAGGCUGAUAUAACUGGCGGGUCUACCAUAAGUUCUCAGGCCCAGCCUAAGCAGGAGGCAUCUACAGCGACAUCAAAGAACUACACUUUCAAGAAAGGUGAUAGAGUAAAAUUUGUGGGUUCUUUACCAUCUGGAUUUUCUCCUCUGCGACCUCCUUUAAGGGGCCCAACAUAUGGUUACAGAGGCAAAGUAUUUCUUCCAUUUGAAGAAAAUGGGUCUUCAAAAAUUGGGGUUAGAUUUGAUAGAUCGAUUCCAGAAGGCAAUGAUCUUGGGGGCCUUUGCGAGGAAGACCACGGAUUCUUUUGUGCUGCUGACUUACUUCGCCUAGAUAGUUCUAGUGCUGAUGAUGUUGACAAGCUUGCCAUAAACGAACUGUUUGAGGUUGCCUUGAGUGAGAGUAAAAACAGUCCGUUAAUUAUAUUUCUGAAAGACAUAGAGAAAUCAAUCACUGGGAAUCCAGAGGCUUAUGCAGCCCUUAAGAGUAAGCUGGAUAAUAUACCAGAGAAUGUAGUUGUCAUUGCUUCCCAUUCCCAGAUGGACAGCCGCAAGGAGAAAUCCCAUCCAGGUGGUCUUCUGUUUACAAAAUUUGGGAGCAACCAAACAGCACUACUUGACCUAGCCUUUCCGGAUAACUUGGGUAGACUGCAUGAUAGAAGCAAAGAAACGCCUAAAACAAUGAAGCAACUCACCCGUCUUUUCCAAAAUAAAGUGACUAUUCAGAUGCCUCAGGAUGAAACUGUACUUUCAGAAUGGAAACAUCAAUUGGAUCAUGAUAUUGAGAUUCUGAAAUUGCAGUCUAACAUUGUCAGCAUUCGCUCAAUUCUUAACCGGAAUCGGCUGGAGUGCCCUGAUCUUGAAACAGUAUGCAUCAAGGAUCAAGCCCUGACAAGUGAAAGUGUGGAGAAAAUUAUUGGCUGGGCUUUAAGUCAUCACUUUAUGCAUUGUUCUGGAGUGUCAGCUAAAGAUGCCAAACUCACAAUUUCCAGUGAAAGUAUUAGGUAUGGGAUCAACAUUCUACAAGGAAUUCAAAAUGAAACCAAGAGUUUGAAGAAAUCACUCAAGGAUGUGGUUACUGAGAACGAAUUUGAGAAGAGGCUUCUUGCAGAUGUAAUUCCAGCAAGUGAUAUUGGGGUUAGUUUUGAUGACAUUGGAGCCCUAGAGAAUGUGAAGGAUACGCUGAGGGAAUUGGUCAUGCUACCUCUUCAGAGGCCAGAAUUGUUUUGUAAAGGACAUCUGACUAAGCCUUGCAAGGGAAUACUGCUUUUUGGACCCCCUGGUACUGGUAAAACAAUGCUUGCAAAAGCUGUAGCAACUGAGGCUGGUGCAAACUUCAUCAACAUAUCAAUGUCGAGCAUUACUUCAAAGUGGUUUGGAGAAGGAGAGAAGUAUGUCAAAGCAGUGUUCAGUCUGGCUAGUAAAAUUGCUCCUAGUGUUAUUUUUGUUGAUGAGGUUGACAGCAUGUUAGGACGACGUGAAAAUCCUGGAGAACAUGAAGCGAUGCGCAAAAUGAAAAAUGAGUUCAUGGUGAACUGGGAUGGUCUGCGUACUAAGGAUAAGGAACGUGUCCUGGUUCUUGCUGCCACCAAUAGGCCUUUUGAUCUUGACGAGGCUGUCAUCAGGCGACUGCCCCGGAGAUUGAUGGUAAACUUGCCAGAUGCUCCAAACAGGGAAAAAAUUUUGAGAGUUAUAUUGGGAAAAGAAGAAUUGGCUCCUGAUGUUGAUCUUGAAGCAGUUGCUAAUAUGACUGAUGGGUAUUCAGGAAGUGAUUUAAAGAAUCUGUGUGUGGCAGCAGCUCAUUGUCCCAUCAGAGAAAUUUUGGAGAAGGAAAAGAAGGAGAAAGCUUUGGCAUUGGCAGAGAACAUUCCAUUACCUGCAUUGCGUAGCAGUGCAGACGUUCGGUCUCUAAGCAUGGAGGAUUUAAAAUAUGCACAUGAACAGUUGUGUGCGAGUGUGUCAUCCGAGUCUGCAAACAUGAAUGAGCUCCUUCAGUGGAAUGAUUUAUAUGGAGAAGGUGGAUCAAGGAAGAAGAGAUCCCUCAGCUACUUCAUGUAGAGGAGAGGAGGUAUUUAAGUGUAUAGAAUUCCUUGUUUAGUUUAUGGUUCUUUUUCCUUUUCACAAUCAAAGCCCCUCGGUGAUCUUUGGGACCUGCUUUGAGAAAUUUCGUUGCAGCUCCCUCCCACCUAUAACCCCGGUCCCUAUUCAGGCCGUCAUGUAUAAUAUUUAGAUCCAUUGGAAAUUUUAAAAUAUUUUGUAGGCUUGCUUUAUGACAUUUUUUUCGCUACUCAAGUCUCCCUUUUGUCUGUAUAUACAAUUUAAUUUAUUUAAUAAGCGUCUUCCUGUUUGAUUUUUAUUGAA